AUGGCGUUUUUUGGAAUAAUUUGGGCAGCAGAUAGUAGGAGAAGAAGAUACAGGCAAAGAUACGCCCUUAGGUAUCUCAGAGAUGCAGAUAAUAUGGGAAAUUUAAUAGAACUGUUGGAACCACAUGCGGAGACUCAUACAGCAUCAUGGAGUAUCCCUUUUUAUUUGCAGGUACUUGCAGCGCUUCAUUUUUUUGGUCAUGGCUCAUAUCAGACUGAUGUAGGCAAUUGCCAUUUAAAUUCUAUGAGCCAGCCUUCAGUCAGUCGCUGCAUUAAAACAGUGACUGAUUUAAUUAUAAAGCAUGCUACACCAAAGUAUGUGAAUUUUCCUAAAACCUCAUCAGAAAGAGAUGAAAAUAAAAAGAGGUAUAUGUUACACCACUUCGUGUACAUUGAACAUGGUCUGUAA